AUGGCUACUAUAGAGGUCGUUGCUUUUGCUAGCGUUCCAGUAGUGAGCAUGAUCUACAACUGGAAAUACUUUGACCAUUGUGAGCAAAUCUGGGCAGAUGUAGGAUGUCUGAUGGAACGUCUAAACCUGACAUACACGUCAAGACAACAGAAGAUGAUUCUCUGUGGGGUCCUCGCACAGUACUUGGCUCUAGCAGUUGCCGUUUGGACUGGUAAAGCUAAAGCUAUGUACCUUGUUCUAUCGAGCUUCACAUAUGGUUGUUUCCUGGCACCCCAAGUAUAUCACGUGAUAUUCGUGGUCACAUUCCAAAGACUCUUCAGAGCUGUUAAUGAAAGAAUCAUUGAAGUAAACUCAUCAGCAGGAACUGUUAGCUCUCAAACAACAGCUUCGCAGUUGGCAAACGCAUUUCAACUGUACACUGAACUCCAGGAGGUUGUUCAAAAGAUGAAUUCUUACUUCACUCUUUACUUGCUCUCCGUCCAGUUCGUCCGCAGUUUCUUCUUGUGUAAUGAAGGAUUCACAUUUCUAGUCACAGCUGGAUCCGAACAAUUAACUUGGCCAAGGCUCAUCUACAUAGUUCUCAACUUAACAGCUCUGUUGUCUCAUUGCGCUGCGUGUGAGGCUUGUUGUCAAGAAGCUCACAAAACAGUUAUCCUCGCCCAUCAGCUGGUCACGUAUAACUCUCCUGGUGUUAUUAUCGAGACAGUCAGUCUGUUCUCUCUAGCGACGUUCAACGCCAAAGUCAGCUUCAGUGUUGGAGGAGUCUUCUCUAUAGACAUGUCUCUAGUUACCAAGAUGCUCUCGCUUGUAAUCAGCUACCUCAUUGUAGUGCUACAACUCACUGACUAA